GAAAUGCAGCACCAACCCCAAACACCAUGCGGUGGAUGGACGAACGCCCUGCACACAUUUGCACACGCUUGUACAGUUUCUUGCUCUCUUCUCGAGAACGUAACCAGUCGCUACUGAGUACAGUAUUUCCUUCUGUUCUUCUGGGUCAUAUUCGACAGGGACAUCGCAAUACACGUCCCCUGUUCCUUCCAAUAUAGACCGUUUGCACCGUGCGUUCUGGCCGUCCACAGUUUCCGGACAAGCGGCAGAGGUGACUCUAGACGUUGUGCUCCUUGAAAUUGUCCAGCAGUUGCAUGCACUGUGAGGAGAAACGAUGGCGCGAUUGGAGAUACCGCUCAACAUCCUGGCAGUCACUACCAUAGUCUUGAUGGUCACUGCCAACGCUGCUCCGAAGUGGUACGAGAUGGACCAGGCCCAGACCAGUGCAGGCAUAGAAGUUGGAAUUUGGCGAGUCUGCGUCACCACCGAUGUGCGACGCUGCAAGAGUUCGCUGAAGGAUAGUGACCUCUUGAAUGUGAAUCAUACUCUCCGCAAUACACAAGCGUUCGUUGUCAUGGCAGUGCUGCUUGCCAGCACUACAACAGUUUUGAUCAUCUUCAUGGAAUUCAAUAAGAAAAAGCCGAAGUGGAUAGGACUUCCGCGCUUUCUGUUCGCCGCUUCCGCUUUCUGUAUGUUCAUAGCCGCUCUGUCCUUUGUCGGCUACGUCGAAGAGGAGAACUUAGGCGACAGGCCGGAUCCCAAGUAUGGUGCUUCUUUCGUUCUCGCCUGGAUCAGCAUCGGAACGGCAAUGGGAGCGGCCCUUGUUGCGCACUUUCACCACACCACAAUGGCCCAGGGACGCUAACGAACAUCUGCAGGGCUGUCGAUAUCAUAAUAAUAUGACGCAGGUCAGGGGUGGUGAUGGCAGCGCAAGGCAUGUCUGCCCGCGACAGAGCCUGGCCCUUGGCGACCUGGUACCUGAUCCCAGGCAUGACUAAGUAACUUUUGCCCCUCAACCAGUUAGUUACCUUGGUACGGUAUUAAGCCUAGUGUAGAACUAUAACUUUUUUGUAGUACUUAUCAGCCGACAGUAAAGUUGUAGGGCUAGUAGCGGAAAUAAAACUAUACACAUAUGCAGGCAUGUGAAUAACGGUUUAUACUCGCUUUAUGUUCAGUGUUGAGUUUAUCAGCUCACAGUAGUAAGCUCGGCUACUACUUUUUUUCUUCUUUUUUCAAAUCCAGCAUCAUAUUUCCUGUGUCCUUUUCUUUCUUUGCAUCAUCAUUUUAUGCGGCCAAUAAAAACACGCGUCCAAGUACUGAAGUCGUAGAAAUACAAUCUAAUUGUAUCUCUACGACUUCAGUACUCGGCCGCGUGUUUUUAUUGGCUUUCUCAGUGGUCCUGUGGAACAUUGUGAUGUGAUCAGCUUGUAGCGUGAUCAAUUUUGAUAUUGCAUACUUGCUGCGGGCAUUUAUGAUACUUUAUUGCAAUACAUGUACUAGUUUGUGUGUUUCUCAACAAUCAAGCGAUGCUGACACGGAUCCGAAUAAUAUAAUUCAGGGGCGGAUCCAGACAUCUCUACAGUUGAACCAAAAUUGAACAGCCAAAA